UUGUCAGGUUUAAGUGAGCAGUUUUUAGGUACAAGACCUGAGGUCACCGUUUAUGAGGACUCUGCGUUGGGUAUACGAAUUGAAAACCAACGUGAAGUUCGUGUCGACAGCGCGGAACAGGCGAUACGGUUUAUGGAUGAGAUCAUGCGUGCUCGGAAAUCAGAGGAUGAAAAUGAACAACGAUGCUCGCACGUGUUCUUCUACAUUAAUCUUUACAGGUAUAAAACCAAUGGAACACAGGUUGUUGGUGGACGGUCGCGGUUUUGUUUGGUAGAUUUGGGUCUAGGAGAAAAAAAUUCCAAGUGUGAUUCUCAAGCCUUGACUAUGCCUGUAAUUACUAAUCUCUUAGUUGCACUAUUCCAAGGCCAAAGACAUUUGCCGAGCCGUCAAAAUCUGUUGUGUAUGCUGUUAAAAGAUUCGCUACAAAAAGUUCGUUCCAAGGCUACAUUAUUGUUUUCUUCGCUUUCUGAUCGUAGCGCAGAGAACGAUAAUAUCAUACAAAUGAUGCUAAAAGUGCAACGUGCUGCAAAACCAAGGAAAAGUUCAAGAAUCGGAAGCGAUAACUCUUCGCUUGGUUCAAUUAGACGACGCAUGAACACUGAUAGUGAAGCAAAUUCAAGUUCGGAACAGUCUUGUGCAGAAACAGUUAUUUAUCUUGGUCCAUCUGUUAGAACAGAUACUACAAAGACUGCAACAAAAGCUACUGCUGCUGCUGCUGCUGCUGCCCGUAGUAUCGACAAAGAUAAGAGAAAUAUGAUAAUGCGAUGGAUGGAAGGUUCAAACACUGAACUGCACUGCCCAGCAAAGGUUUCUGUGGAGAUACAGUGUAAUGAUACUGAAAUGGAUAAUGAAAUGAAGCAAUACUUUUCACAACAUCGGCCACUGGAUGACAUCAUCGAAGAUGACGAGGAAUCGUUUUCACCGUGCAAAGACUUCUCUUCAAUUGAUCAAUUUUUGGAGAAUUUGCAGUGCGAAGAACGGCUUAUCGACAGUCAGCUGGAACAUCCACUUAGCAUCCUUAGUUUGGAAAAAAAUUUUGCAUCCACUUCCGGCAAAAGUUCAUCGGACAAUGAGAUCGAUGAUGAUGACUUAGAACGAGCUAUGGCAGCUAGUGUUAGCUCAAUUCGAUCACACGAAAUUCUUUCCCGGAUGAACGAUGACCUACCAGUUGAGGUAUAUCACUUCUAUGGAUUUUUGAAUUUCUUUGAUUAA